AUGGCUCCGGGUCGGAACAUUGGAGCAAGCAGCCAGCAACCAAGAGGAUUAACAAGGCAUCAUAAUUCACAUGAGUUCUGGGGCAACGAGUACAAGAAUGAUGAUGAAAAUGAAAAUCCUUUUAAAAACUACAUGGGAAAGAUGGGCAUCAAAUUUUCCAUAGACCCUGAUGACAAGGAAGUUGAAGCUGCAUGCUUUGAUUUGUUCAAGACUGGGCAACGACAAUUAAGGCACAAGCUAAAGAGGGCUUACUUUGAUGGAGUACCUGCAAAUGAAGUCAGAAUAACAUCGCCGGUGAGGAGUAUGACUGAUGAACAAUGGAUUGCAUUGGUGGAGCUGUGGUCAAGCCCUAAGCAUAAGCCUACACCAGAAGGGGGACAACCAAAGACUCCUGCUGAUGUUUUUGCUCAUGUUUUGCCAUCAAGUAAAUUUCUUCGAAAUGUUGGCCUUGACACAGCAGUCCGUAAGAGAAGAGCUACUGCUUCUACACGUGUACAAGAGCUAGAGGUUGAAGUUGUGGCUAAGAAGUAA